AUGGAAAACACUCUUGCCAACAAGCCUUCCACCCGGCCCGAAGCCAUCAGCGAGCUGCUGCGGGGCCUCGAUCGUUUUGAUCUGUCUAAAGUCCCCGUGUUCCAGGAUUACGUCAAGCAGCAAUGCGCCGACGGCACCUUCGACAUUGAGGCUAACCUCGCCCUUCUUAAGCUCUACCAAAUGAACGUCCAGGCUGUCCCUGACGAAGAUACCAUUCUUGCCAUUCUGUCCAAGGGUCUUGUCCGUUUCUACGCCUCCGACUUUACCCUCGCUCUCCACCUCCUCCCCUGCCACGUUCUCGGUGACAUUACCCCCCUCUCCACCGCUAAAGAAGAAAAGAAGGCCGCCGCUGCUGCUGCCGCCGCUGCUGCCGCUGCUUCUGCUUCUUCCGCUGCCGCAAACACUCCAGCUGCUGUUUUCGCGGCCCAAUCGACACAAGACGCUGCUGCUGCUGCCGCUGCUGCUGCCGCCGCCGCCGCUGCUAGUGCAGCCGAAAGCAGUAGCGCACCCACCGCCGACCCCACCGUUGGCACCGAUAGUCUUUCCGAGUCAGUCCAGCGCCUGUGCUCGCUGUACGCUCUUUUGGAUGAUGCCAAGUUUGCCGACUUCUGGAGCACAUAUGAGGAGGAUGAUGCUUUUGCUGACGCGGUGUGCGGCGUUGCCGAUUUCGAGGACGCGCUGCGUCUUUCUAUCGCCAAGGCCGUUGGUCUGUCGUCGCGCAAGUUCCCCGUGUCAGUGUUCCAAGAGUGGACCAACAUUUCCGGCAACAAGUUUAACGACUGGGUCGUCAAGACACUUGGCUGGUCCUUUGAUGAGUCCAAGGAGGUUGUCAUUAUUCCUUCCAACAAGGAUAACGAGAUCAAGACGGUUGUCACCAACGAGACUGUUCACUUUGAGCAGCUUGGUCGUCUGAUCAAGAGGGGCUAUGAGAUAAAAUAA